UUUGGAUAAGGGAGCCAAAAGGCUUCCCUCCUUCCAUGACCACCCAAAAAAUAAGAGGCCAGCGUCUGGGUGGUGCUCCGCCCAUUGUUGCCGUCGAGACACCACCAUGGCCAUGCCAAUGGCGCGGCUGCUAUGGCUGCCUUCGCCGAAGGUCGUCCCGUCAAGCAGGCAACUCGGUGGACUUCCGGCACUUGGAAAGAGGCCGUCCGUUGGGUUCAGGAUCGAGAGCAAGGUCCGCACCAAGGAUCAAGACGAAGACAGCGGCAGCAGUAGCAGCGAGGUGGGGAUCUUAGGAACGGCAGCCAUUGCUUCUGGUCUGAUCUCCAGCCCCGUAAUUGGAUGGUCCCUGUACACGCUUAAGACCACCGGCUGCGGUCUGCCGCCUGGUCCCGGCGGCUCGAUCGGCGCCUUGGAGGGUAUCAGUUACCUGGUGGUCAUAGGCAUCGUUUCUUGGUCCCUUGUUACCAAGGCAAGGACGGGGACAGGGCUGCCUAAUGGGCCGUAUGGCUUGCUGGGUGCUGUUGAAGGCCUUUCUUACCUCGCCCUCCUGGCCAUAGUCGUCGUCUUUGGACUGCAGUUUCUUGAUCAAGGGUUUAUACCAGGCCCUCUUCCUGGAGAUCAGUGUUACGGCUGAAUGCCAAACGCCUCUCUCUCUUUCCCUCUCUCUGUCUUCGCUAAAAUGUAUUUUCCUUCUUCUCCAUCAGGGAGAAGUCGAGGAAACAUGAGUGGGAGUUGUGAUUAUGCUGGAUUAUUACGUAUUGGUAGCGAGCAUUACAGAUCGUUUCUUGUUUGUUAAAAUUACUGUGGCACUCUCCUGCUUCUUUUAUCAGUGGUAUUCUCGCAGGCACUAA